UCUCGCACUGGAGAGGGCAGAGAAGAUUGAAAAGCAAAAAAAAAAAAAAAAUUUAAAAACAAAAAAAAAGGUCCCCAGUCAUCACGUUGCCAAGGUGCCGUGGCGUCGGCAUCCCAUAAUUCUCCACAACAACAACAACAAAAAAUAGAGAAAACCUGACGGGAAAAACUGCCACUUCAUUGCGGAUUUGUUUUUGUUUUGUUUUUGUUUUUCAAAAUUUACUAGAGAACAUGCCCACCGCAAAGGCCAACUGGGCUAUUGGCAUAGCAGUUCAGUGCGUCACUUGGUUCCUCUCUUCUUUAGUGACAGUCUUUAUCCUACCUUUCCUUGUCGUGUUCUGGCCGUGGAGUGUCGUCACCGACUACACCGGUACAGUGAAAAAGAAGAAACGCACAAGCAGUAAAGGAUGGUUGGCCUCUCGAGGGUUAGGCAAAAGCCAUUUCGUCCAGUUAAAGGACGUCAGCAUUCAUUAUAUUGAGAGUGGCAGCUCGUCACGACCGCUGAUGCUCUGUCUGCACGGCUUCCCUGAAUUUUGGUACUCUUGGAGACAUCAGCUCAAAGAGUUUGCAUCCACUCAUCGCGUAGUAGCGGUGGACAUGAGAGGUUACGGAGACUCGGACAAACCUAACGGACGAGACGCCUACAAAAUGAACAGGCUGGUGGAUGACGUCUGCCAAAUCAUCAAUAUACUCGGUAAGGGCAAGUGUGACGUGCUACUAGCCCAUGACUGGGGUGCCGGAAUCGGCUGGGAAGUCGUUAUCCGCCACCCGCAAAUGGUGCGUCGUUUCGUACCGAUGAAUUGCCCCCAUCCGGCCGCCUUCAUCUCCGUCAUUUCUAGCGAAUUGACGCAGAUUUUCAAGUCGUGGUACAUGAUAUUCUUCCAAUUGCCCGUCGUACCAGAACUACUGCUUACGGCGUUCCGUGCGUCCCUUUUCCGUUGGGUGUUCCAGCGUCCGGGACUGAAAGAAGAAGACGCCAAGGCCUAUCUGUAUCUCUAUCGACAUCGAAACGAUUUGACCGGCCCGAUCAACUAUUACCGGAGCAUGAUCGAUCCCGAUACGAUGGGCCAAGAAGGUAUUGUGGUCAAAGUACCGACGCUGCUUAUCUGGGGCGGCGAGGAUCGUUUCCUUAACAUCUCCAUGGCUCAUCAAUCAGCCAAAUGGGCGGAGAACUUCACUCUUGGCCUGAUUCCCGAAGCGUCACAUUGGGUACAACAAGACGCUCCCCAUAACGUCAACCGAAAGAUUCGUGAAUUCUUGGAAAAAGUUUAAUGAAAUCAUUUUGAAAAAAAAAAAAAGAACAAAAAUAAUAAUAGAAUUUCACCAACUUUUGAUAAGUUGAGGAUGCGUUAUUUCAGGACAAAGUAAAUUUAUGUACUACACAUUUUAUUCUUCGUGAAAGUGAAAACAAAAAAAACGAAAACAAAGGGGGUGAAAUGUAAUUUAGAUGCGACGUUGAUGGAUUAUAAAGGUCUAAGCUUUU